CCGGAAAGAAAAAUCAUGAGGUAUAUGAGGAAACUUUUCGUUUGGGCAAUGCUCCUCUACUUGGUGGCAGGUGAAUUUCAGUUCUCCAUUCCACGUCCUGAGGUCACAGCACCCCAACAUUCAGAUGUGCUUCUGCCCUGCAUUUUUGCAAAUAGUUGGAUUGAACUCAAAGAUGUGCUGAUUGUGUGGAGACAUGACAAUACUGAGCUGAUUAAGUUUGAUGCUGGACAGAUGAACCCCACAUCCAGAAGGGUAGAGCUGUUUGUAAAUGAAAUAGAGAGGGGCAAUGCCAGUCUGCUGCUGAAGGAUGUGAUUAUUAGUGAUGAAGGGCAGUAUGAGUGCGGUGUUGUCGAAGCCCCGAAUGAAGAAUAUGGCAUCAUCAAGUUUAAAGUAACAGUUGCCCCUCAACUUUUUCUGAAUGUUUCACUUUUUGUGAUGGAUCAGCCUGGCAUGUUAGAGUGCCACGCAGAGGGCUUCUAUCCAAGAGACAUCUCCAUUACGUGGUUCAGAGGGGCAACGAGUCUCCCCUCUCAAGAAGCUCCACAAUUACAGAGCAAUCCUGACGGCACCUUCAGUGCGCUGAGCGCUUAUAAGUACACCCCUUCUGGUGGGACAGCGAAUGAGUCCAUCUCCUGUCGGGUAGACCACAAUUCUCGAAAUGAGCCCUGGGUGAAGACGACUCGCCUCAAGUUUCGCAGGCGCCCUUCAAUAACAGUGACAUCGCAGGUGCUGGAGCGGAACAAGGAGCAGCUGGUGACCUGCCGACUGGAUGGACACUACCCGGAUGACAUCGUGGUAACCUGGAUGAGAAAUGGAAAGGCUUUAAAUAAAUCAGAGCUGAAGAGUGACGGCACGUAUGUCACCACAGAGUCGUUUUUACUGACCUCCUUCAAUGAGAAGGAUGAGAUCUACUGCUUGGUGGAACAGGAAGGAUUUAAAGACCCUCUCACUAAAAUUAUUCCUAUCAAGAUGGGAGCAGAUAACCCCCAGAACACCAUUACAGCUUUGUAUGUCAUUGUAGUCAUCCUGCUGAUUUUGGUUCUGGCUUUGCUAUCUGGUGUCAUCUUUCUUUUAAGGAGAUACCGACAGUUGCUGGCACAAGAAGGAAAACAGACACAAGAGGGCGCCAAUCUUCUGACCUUAAGUGACAGAGGGAAAGUCACCGGUAAAUCACCGCCUGAUCCGAGUGACAGCACACCAUUGGAGUGAACCUCAGAGCUGAAGCUUAGUGAUGGGUGCCUACAGGGUGCUGCAUGGACUGGUGAGUGAAUUUGUCUGCCAAAGCCGCACAGUAAGGCAAUUGUUGGAGCUGAAAAGAAAUCUCAUGAAUAAAGAGGAAGAUCAGACUGCUGGCUGUGCUGUAGUGAAAGGGUACGGGUUGUGCUGCAGAAAUCUUGUGUGCCUGUUUGCCAGGUUAAUUUAUCUUUUAUUAAUGCAUUAGAAUGACUGAUCUGAAAGAGUUUGAAGCUUUUUGAUUUUUAAUGUGUUACAAUUGAAAUGUAAGAUUUCUAAAAGUGUUUAGCAAUAUAGGACAUAACUGCAAAGUACUACUGACAUGAGGACAAAGAGGCCAUUAGAUGGGCUGAGCUUAUUGUUGAUCCCAACGGACAAGUAAGAAGUAUAGCAGCUUUCACUCAAACUCAUAUAUUCUUCAAGUAUGUCAAAGUUCAGAACAUCAGCAGCCUGUUGAACCUUACAUUCAGAUAACUGGAAAAGCCUUUAAAUCCUAGCCUGAGCCCAUUAUGCUAGUUAGGUGGUGGGACGCUGAGCAGAGCAGAGCAGAGACACUAAGAUUUGCAACUUAAUUUGUUAAUAAUAUAACACACUGAAAUAGCAGUUGUUGAUUGAUAGAUAUUUGUGUUUGUAACUUAUUGGGAUCCUUGUCUGGUUGCCGGAAAUCAGCAUUUUGUAUCACUUAAAUUAUUUAAUAAAUAUUGUAUAUUUAUCA